AGGUGGUCCCCGUUCUACGUCUGCCAGCAGUCCCAUGCAUUUGGUGCGCCCAUCAAUUCUCAGUGGUUUUCCGCGCUUCUGCAGUACAGCCUACGAGACGCAAAAUUGAACCACUUUAUGCGCGUCGUAUAAUUGGUGUUUGACUUUAUUGUGUUUCCGAUGGUAUAGAACACUCCGAAUACAAAAAAUGCGUGCGCAAUGAUAAAUAUUUAUCCGUGCCCCCUGCUGGAGAAAAACAAUGAUGAAGCGCGUACAAAAAGUAGAGAACGAAGCGGAAUUGUGAUUUCUUAGAACAGGAUCUCAUGAAAACUGCCUAGAAAAAUGUUCAUGUUUCGAUAACAACGAAAGAUGCGGGGGAACAACACCGGGAACAAUUUUCCCGGCCUGGCAGUGGUAACACAGCUGCUGCUCUGUUUCUUACUUCACCUGCGUUCUCCUUUCGAAGGGCUGGCGGCAGCGGUGGAGCGUCUUGAAGACCAUCGUCAUCAGCAACUACACGGUGGACAUCACUUGCAUCAAACAUCCACACUAGAAAUCGUGGCCGACGCCGGUGUAGAAACGACAACGACGAGCGACGCCUCCUCUUCAAAACAAACGCCUGGACCACAGCCUGGAAAGAGCAGUACGGUACCUGCUUCCAAGACGUCACACAGACACAAGAAGACGACGAAGAAAACCAUCAGCAAAAAGCAGGCCGCGGUCGUACCACGGGUCGAUGCGGCCGCUUCUACGCCAGGACAUGAUCAUGAGGAAGAACACGACGAGGGAACUACAUCGCACCAUCAAAACAUCGGAGGACAGCAGCUGGCCAGCGACGACGGGCGACACAGUAAGAACAACGAAUUUUUCGGUGAUGUUAAACAAUCACGACAAGUCGAACCAACACUGCACCGCCAUCAGCUGGCCGGCGCGAAGGGGACCCGUCGUCAGCACGAGCAAGAACAUGCUGUCGUCCAGAGUGCGCCGACGACCAUGCGGCGAGAGAACAAACUUAAUAGCGAAAGCAAAACUCCUGCUGCGGAUGAAGAAUUACUAGAAAUUUCCACCCGCCCAGUACAUCAUCUUCAGGGUCGUGGCAAAGAUGAUGAAAAGCAGGCUCUCCACCAAGCCGAGAUGAUCAUGAUCCCCCGCCUGCAGAAGAACAGCACGGCUGCGAAGGAGAAACCCGCCGGUCUUGAAGGUGUGCAAGAUGCGCUGCACCAGCACUCCAGCCGUACGGUGAAGCGGGCACAACAGUUGAUGACGACCGAGCGGAACCGCGUGACGUUUGUCCAGCGAGCGGAGCAGGCUCUCCACCAAGCUGAGGCCCCCCUCCUGCAGAAGAACAGCACCGCUGCGAAGGAGAAACCCGCCGCCGGUCUUCUUGAAGGUGUACAAGAUGCGCGGCUGCACGCUCCCCACUCCAGUCGUACGGCCAAGCGGGCACCAAAUUUGAUGGCGAGCGAGCGGAACCGCCUGACGUUGGUCCAGCGGGCGGGCCAGGCCCUCAACGAGAACGGCGAGAGCAAAGCCAAGCAUAAGCAAGGCGCGUCUGCAGACGAGGUGGACAUCACGCCCACGGACGCGCCGGGCAGCGUCACGGCAUCGAGCUAUUUUGGAAAUCCCGACGACGGAGGGCUUUGGUACAGCCCGGGACUGUUUAUUGAUAACACACUGAGCAACAAUUUUGCCACGGCCAGCGAUGCGAACAACCGCGGAACCGCGCAGGUGUGUCCGUGGGUGCAGAUCGAUUUGGGUAAGGCAAUGGCCGUGUCGGAGGUCCGAUACACAUUCAAAACAAGCGACAUUACUACAAUCCGCAGAAAUUUUUUCGAGACGGUGUCCUGGCAUGUUGCUGCUAUCCAGUACGAAGGUGGUAAGGACAGGGCAACCGGCUCUGCGGACAAAGGGUUCCGGGUAGCGGUUUCGUCUAGAGAACGCGUGAACACCGACACCUGCGAGGUCCAAAACACCCCAAACUGGCAAGACGGGUGGUGCAAGGGUAAGGCCGCCGGAGAGGAGUGUCCGACCACGGCGGAGGAGACCUGCGAGCUCGUCCAGUACGGCGCCGGAGGAGAGGGACUCGCCCGCUUCACCCAGGAGGAUGACCACCCCGAGUUUGGCACGGCUACCAUCAAUUGUAACGGCAAGGUCGGCCAGUACGUGAUCCUCGAGUGGCCCGGGGGGAUUGCUGAUGGUGUGUCGAAGAAACGAUGUGGGCAGGUCAGCGAACUGAGGGUAUUCCGUGCCGAGUUGCCAGCGUAUGCUAAUGUUCCAACGAUAAAAUGCUCAACACUCGCUCCAGAAUGAUAAAAUCUCAAUGCUAUAAAGAUCUCAACACAACAACAAAACAAGAACACAAAGAGAGAAAUAGCAUUACAAAUCCAAGCAUGAAAUCGUAAACAGCAUUACAAAUUCUAUGAAGAUGCUGACGAAUGGAAUUCCCAUGGACCCAAUGCACUCCACAGGCCUUGAGUCAUACAAUUUGCAUGCCAAACUACUAAUUUCCAAUUGUAAGAAGAACAUAAAUACUCUGCUACAUUUGCAUUACAUUCUGGUGGUAUUUAGUGUUCAGCAUUCGUUUGCUUUGGUUCGGGAUUAACCACAGAGUUAUGAGCCCAAACCGUUUCCACUAGCGAAAAAUAAUUUUUUAAGCGCAAGGCAUUUUUUAUCUAUUUGCUUAGCACGUCGUAAGUAACUUAGCAAAAAAACGUGGAAUAUUUGUAAGGAUUUUAAACUAUAGCGAGCAAAUCUCUGAUGCAUAUUAACGACGUUUAUUUUUUUAGCUCGGAACUUCAGCGUGAGUACGUCAAUUUCAACACAUUUGCACCAAAACUUCUGCAAUAAACGACAAACCCGCAUUACAAAAGGCAACUUUUCCCAUAUAUUUUUGCUGGAGCUGUGUCGUAGACUUUUAAACUUCCAGACACCAAAACCUGCAUUAUAGACGAAAUGUUUUUUUUUGCAUACAACUUAUUACUUCCUGGCUUUCGCUCCGGAUAACAUUUUUUUUUGCACAAACACGAUCGUACUACGAACACGAAGCAUUUAGAUGCAUAGAGGCCAACUGUCCACAUAUCAACCGAGAAAAGAACUGCACUUAUCUCAAAUUACACAUGUACAUUGCUACCGACAUAAAUACUUUUCAAAUUACCUGCACGCGCACGACCUAAGUCUUUCCAUGCAAUUUUUUUUUUGCAGCCGAUCGCUGUUACUUGGCAUUUUAAUUUUAAAAAAUAAUUACCAUAUCUUGACGCGGGAAAACAGCUCUUAUUUUUAUUUUUUUUUACUUGAACCGCCGCAAGACAACGGCGGCAGGGUUUAGAAUUUUUUUCAGCUUUGGCGACCGUUUACGCUUAAAAAUUGUCGAUUUCUGUCUUCACGUCGAGCAUUUUGAACGAGAAAAAGCUACAAGAACUACGAAAAAUCUGUCCUUGCCGUUUACGCUUAAAAACUAGCGACGCUAGUUCCUUUCUAGCUGAGACGCGCCUAGCAGCCAGAAAACGGGCGCACACACUACCAAACCCCUCCGACUGGCCUAUUGCCGAGAUAUCCAGUUUUACGCGCUGAAAAAGCUACAUUCUUUUUUUGUCUUUCCUAUCGCAUUCACACGACGGGACUUUUUUUUUUUUGAAAAAUCAUUUUCGUUUCUUCGCUCUCGCGCAACACAGAAAUAAUUAUCGCGUCUUCGCCCUCGCGCAAUACACAUUCAAACUCUAUUGGCCAAAAAUGCUCGCGCAUUGCUUGACCGCAAAAACAUCAUCCCCGGCGGGUUGGUCCAACGAUCCCGGCGCGCCUACACCCCUGGCCAAUCCGGAUGACAAUCCGGAUGAUGAGCAGUGCGAGUAUUCCUGGGAACGUACAGCCGCGGGAGAAGAAGCAGAGCGGCGCCGGCAGGUCGCGGAACAAGACCGCCAAGAAUUAGCGCGACAAGCGGCCAGAGAAGAGCACGAGCAGAAGCAGCAGCGUGAAGCCGCUGCAGCAGAGCGCGCGCGAGCAGCAGCGGCAGAAAAACAGAGAAAGGAGAAACAGCAACGCGACGCCGCUGAGUUGCGUGAACACCUGGAACACCAGGCCCGGGAAGAAGCGAGGAGGACCCGGGAAAGAGAGGAAGCAGAGCAACAAGAGGCAGAGAGGAAGGCAGCGGAGGCAGAAGCAAGGCGUGCGGCGGAACAGCAGCGGCAGAAACAAAAACAAGAAGAAGAAAAACGAAAAAUGGAGGAAAUAGCCGCGAGGAUGGACCAACAAUUUUCGUUCGAAGAACAUCGGUUAAAGUAUAUCCUGGGCGCGGACGGGAAUUAUAAAAUAAAUCCUGACCACACGGAGUCCGGUGCUGACGCCACGACAGCAGCAGCACCCGCGGGCACCACAGCACUGGCAACCGGCGUCAGCACAACACCACCGGGAACAGUUGCAAAAGCAGUACCAGCAGCAACAACUUCGACUCUAACCGCCCCAGCAGCAACAACUUCGACGAUUACUGCACCAGCAGCAACAACUUCAACUACUGCUGCACCAGCAGCAGCAAUUGCAACUACAUACGUAACCACUGCGACUGCUCCUGAUACGCAGCAACAGCAGCAGUUGCAACCGCAACAGGUUUCGGAGCAGAAAAAUAGUCUAUCGCUGGUGGACCCGGAACAGCCGAUAACUGAAGCUCAACCUGUCCAGCACUCCUUCGCUCUUGGGUCCGACGGAAAGUGCUACCGCAUCGACUUCGGGACAAGAACAGCAGCAGCAGUGCCACAGGCGCCGAAUUCGAUGCUGCAACAGCGGCGAAAUUUAUUUUCCACCCCCCAGCACCAGGCUCAAGAUCAUCGGGGAACUUUGGAGCAUGGUGCUAGUAUCGGUGAAUGCAAGUUUGAUGCUGGGGAACAAAAGUCUGACGCUGAUUCCAGAUGGCGACGCAAGUAGAUAGUUUCCAGGUCGGGCACGAUUUAACUCAAGCGCAGAAUCCGGGUGGAUGCAUGCAUUUUUUUUUUUACCAGCAAAAUAGUCCGGGGAAGCACCAGCCUACCGAUGCGGGACAGCACCAACAGGGAGCCGGAGAUGGCAAGAAAAACUCGCACUCCGGCGGGAAAGAAAAAGACGACGGCGACAGAAAUCGCAAAAAUGCUCGGGGGAAUAAGAAAAAGAAAAAUAGUAAAAAGGGAAAAGAAAAGGACGGGCCGCCGUCCGAUGAUGACAGCUCUAGCAGCAGCAGCAGUAGCUCGCAUAGUAUUUCUAGUUCGAGCGAAGAUGAUGAUGAGUCGAGCAGCAGCAGCAGCAGCAGUUCGAGUAGCAGCAGCAGCAGCUCGCAGGCUGACAAAAAGAAGAAGAAGAAGAAGAAAAAUGACAAGAAAAAGGCUAGGAAAAACAAAAAUGAUAAGAAAACGAAGAAAGAGAAGAAGAAGCACAAGAAAGACAAAAAGAAAAAUCAAGGCAAAACUUCCAACAUCCAAGCUUGGCGCGAAGGACAGCCCGAACCUUUUUCGACGUGGAUGCAUCGACAACGGCGAAAGGCUUCGUUUUAUUCGCUGUUGAGGCAUCUCGAUGAUCGCAUCCAGUCAGCAGUAGUGAAAGCGCGACUUUGUACUCUGAGAGACACCGCAAUGAAAGACGGAAAGUUGCGGGGUUCUGCACAAAAAUUCAAGAGUAUUCGAGCUCAGUGCGUGGGCCUUUACGAGGGUAAGGAAAGUGCCGCAGCACUUUUACGGGCGGCGCCACAAAUACAAAAGAAGUCGGAAAAUAGUACAACUUUUCUGCAGAAGUUCGAGCGACGCGCCUCCCAAUUAAAAUUGACGGGCACGGAACAAGUUCGAAUCCUCAAAGAGAUAUGUAAUAGCGAUUUCCUGAGUGUUAUCGUGGCGAGAAGGGCUGCGGAGCCUGCGGAUUUAGCCAGUGCCGCUGCAGAUGCGGACUUACUUUUAAAAAAGAAAGAUGAAGAGUCUUCCGAUGACAGCGACAACGGAGAAAGCCGGAAAAAGAAAAAGAAAAACGACAAGCGUGCCAGUUACUUUGCCGGCGACAAAGAUGGCAAAGGAAAAGGCAAAUACGGAAAGGACGGAAAAGGUGGAAAGUAUAGCUAUAAUUUCAGCACCACGCCGUACCCAGCGAAGAACUGGAACAACGAAGCAGGGAAGAACAGGCACCAGGAAAAUGGCCAUUGGAAUUCUUGGCAGCAGCACAAUGGUCAUUGGAAUUCUUGGCAGCCGCACAAUGGUCAUUGGAAUUCUUGGCAGCAGCCGCGAAAAGACAAGGACAAAGGCAAAGGAAAGCACGAAAAAGGAAAAACGUACUAUGGCAAUGACGAGAAGGAGAAGGCGCACUACGGCGAUGGCGAGAAGAAAGACAAAGCGAAGAAACGCAAAAAGUCUUCGUCCUCGGAACAGACUUUCCUUUUGACAGAAAUCGAACAGGCUUUCUUCGCGAACGAGGAACAAGAAGAGGACGGCGUAGUGACGGUAAGUCUUUUACUCGAUAGUGGAACCACGGCCCACAUCGCAGCGGAAGAAAAAUUCCUGAAGAAUACCGAGGAAAUUUAUCGACCAUUUCGCGCAGUCGGUGCCCCAGCAAUAGCGACAAAGAUUGGAACUUUAUGCGGUAGAAUCGGCGAAAAGCGAUGCAAAAUCCGCAAUGUCAAUUUUCUCAAGGGUGCCAAUGUGUCGAUUUUGUCAGUAGGGGCACUAGUAGCUGCAGGCGGAGACAUAAACUUCAAGAGAAAAUAUUUGGAAUUUUCUGAUGGAGAGCGUACGCCCAUCCUGCAGAGAAAGAAUCUCUUCUACGUAAAGACGAGAAUCAACGCCAAAGGGUCGCAGGAUGAAGACUACUACGAGCAGGAUGCCGACUACUAUGCGGCUUGUGAGAGUGAGGAUUGGCUGAGGUCGACUACUAUGGGCCCGGCUAUCUUCGCUGCAAAAGAGUAUCUCAGCGCUGCUAAACUCGCUGGGCAGCUCUAUAGCCAUAAGCAGGAAGGAGAAAAACGAAAAAGAAAGAGAGAAAGAGAGAAGAAAACGAAAAACAAAAUCGCGAAACACGACCUGACUACUCCUACUCCGGUGGGCCUUGCGUCUAGGUCCACCCCGUCCGUAAAACUCCCCAAAGAAAUGCAGAACUUCUAUGAGGAUUUGUCUGAAGCUUUAGAUCCUGCAUCUUGUCUUGCUACUGAUAACAGGCCUGAUCUAGUUAGCAACGAGGUAACUUAUUACAACGGUGAAUCGCUACGAAAAGUCCUGUCUUCGAGGCCGAAGCACUUGCGAGCACUUGUCGAAAAUUCUCCACCACUAGUCCUCCUGGGUGAAACUAGGACGACGAAGAAAGUGGAAAAACAGGGGAAGGAGAAAGUUUUGCAUGAAAUAGGCUUGAGAUAUGAAGUAUAUUUUUACAGUACUGCGAAAGCCAGAGCAGGCAUGGCGGCACUUGUCCUGCGCGAUGCGUGGUGUGAAAAGAGUUCGAUUUCUUGUGCCCCGCACCUGCCUGAAGGUCGAGGAAUAGUUUUACGAAUGCCGCGACUGACUACAAUGAAAAUCCUUGGGGUGUAUGCGCAAAAUAGAGCUAAAGACGCGCAUGAGUGGGAUGCUUCUUUCCGCAAAUGCUUCCAGUCUUUGGGGCAAGAAAUUUUGGUUGUUGAAGAUGUAAACUAUGUCUUGGGGGAAAAAGAUUUUGAUUCUGUUUUAGCAGGCCUACCGGGCACGCGCGAUGCGGACCGGGCAGAGUGCUCUGCUGUUUUGAAAGAGUUUAAACUUGUUGAUCGCUAUCGCGAUUUGAAUCCUGAGGGGGUGCAGUACACCUGCACAACUUGGGGGCUUCCAGAGUUUGAAAAUAAAAAUGGAAAAGGCCUACGAAUCGACGUUGCUUGGGUGAGCGAAUCGCACAAGCAGGAGAUCGAGGAUGUAAAAACUAUACCUGAAAUCCAGCGAGGGUGUGGCGAUCACUUUCCUCUGCGUGUGAUUUUUCAGGGAUCCAAAAUUCCACAAAAACAGGAAAAAUUUGCAGAAAAACUUCCGCCCGCUGAGAAAAUGACGGCGGAAAAAGUUGCUGAGCUAGCACAUGGCGCGGGGUAUCCAAAUUUUCAGACAGUUUGGGAAGUCGUGCGCAAGCAUGAUCCACGCCAAGCAGCCAAGGCUUUGGUGGUUGAAUACUGCAAAACGCAGUUGAACCGCUUGACCCACCUCCCGUUCCACCACAACAAAAAAGGGGGGAUCAAAGUUGAAACUAUUGAGGAAUGGUGUGCCUUGGACACGUUCUAUCUUGAAAGUAAACAACUCACAGUGCUACACUGCAUGAAUUUGCUUUCCAAGUAUUCAGUUGCGAAAGUUUUGAAAAAGGCAGCGCCAACAGCUGAAGACACUGUAAAUCUUUUACGCCUUUGCCGUGAGCGAGGUGUUUUGGGAAAGAAUCUCAUGUGUGAUUUAGGAAGGGAAUUUUACAACCUUGCAGUGGUUGAACAAAGUGAGCUCUAUGGUUGCAAGAUGCAUUUCGCACCAGUGGCAGCGCACUGGUGUAAUCCCAUCGAGCGACGCCACUUGACAAGCAAAAUGCUUAUUGCCAAACUUCGCUUCAUUUAUGGGCCGAAUGUUAUGCAAAAGUUAGUUGGGGAAGCUGUAGCUGCGAUAAAUGAGCGACCAACAAAAGUUUUAGUGGGAUUGUCUCCCUACCAGUUUCAGUACGCAAAAAGCCCGCCUCUGUACGAAUCUGCGGAGGACCGCGAGGGUCCAGCUUUGCCGAGAUACAGAGAUGGCUCGACAGCGUCAGAAGCUUACAAAUUUCGAAUGCUAGUUCGUUCACAGCAUGAAACACUUCAGCGCGAGAAAAAUUACGUUGCGGAACUUGAGAAAAUUCAUGAGACUUUACGCAAAUUUUUCCAUGAAGCUGCAGCAGUUAAGAUGGGAGAUUUUGCUGAAAUUUGGUGUGAUGUCACUAAAGGUUGGGUAGGACCUGUGAAGGUGAUUUACAUCGAACACCACGUGACAAGCAAAACGCACGUGGUCGAUAGGAACGGUUUCUAUUCUAAAAUCCAUCCCGCACACAUCAGAAAGCGCACUACGCUUGACCAGAUGACCUUUCCACCUAGUAUUCUUCGCAUUGCAAAGCGAACGCACAAAAUCCAACAAGAUGAGAGUGACCCUAGCGCGGUGCUAUCGGAUCACUAUCGCCUUGAAAAAUUUGAACAGCAAAAACCAGAAGCCAAAGAAGAACUGCCACGAUACCGACAGCGAUUGAAUAUGCCACAAAAUCCAAAGCCUGACUUAUCGGGAAGCUCCCCGAAAAAGCCUCAGGUAGAGAAAGAAAAUUUUGAAGUUGAAUUUUUGGAAAAUGAGAAAAAUGGAAAUGAGAAAAAUAAGGAAAAUGGAAAAGCGAAAGAGGCUGGCCAACCACCCAUCCAAACCCUUGGGGCCUCUGGCCUACCGAGAUCGGAUUCGCUCAAGGUAAGGGAUGAGAAGGACAGCAAAAAGGAAAAAGAAAAUCGCACGGGGACUGCAGCCCUGGACGCGAAACAGAAAAAGAAGAAAGACGACAGCAAGCUAGUUGCCGAAGCUACUACUGUCGCGGAUGUGAAAGAAUUUGAUGAGUUUGCAUCUCGCACGGUCGACGUCGAAGAAAGUCGAACAAGCGACGACGCCACCACUCCUCUCCUCGAGGAUCAGAUGGAGCGUGUCAAUAUUUCCAACAAAGGACUUAGAGUCACGAAAAACUACACCAGUGAGCUUUGUCGUGAAAUGAAAGAAGACUGUCCAGAAAUUUUACAACAAUUGCCUGGCUCCCCAGGAACGAAAAUUCCAUAUGGGAAGCGAAAGGAAGCAAUCAAGGAACUAACGCAGGCACUUUUGAGAAAGCAAAUCAAAGCACACCAGAGGACCACUGGCAACAGAGUGGGUACGCGGUUGAGAUCGUUGAAAGAGCAGCAAACUGAAAAAGUGGCAAGCGCUUUGCGCGACCAAUACAAGGACGACAAAUCGUUUCAGAUCGUGGACUUCUGUGCAUUUGUGGCAAAUUUGAUUUUUGAGCACGACACUGAGAGUGAAGAUUUUUGCUUCAAUCUUACUCCGGAACAGCAAAAAGACCCAAAAAUGGCGGAAGCUAUCGCGAAAGAAUUGAAAGCACGCACAGGAGUUUUUGUACAGGCUACGGACCAAGAAAUUUCUGAGUACCAGAAAGCCAAAAAGAAGCUUACUCCGUGCAAAUUGAUUCUGAGCGUGAAAAGAUGUGGAAGGUUUAAAGCGCGUUUGGUUUGCUUAGGGUUUUUAGCACCCGACAACGGGAUCACGCGCUAUGCGGGGGCUACCGAUAUGCAAAUCAUUAGGAUGCUUUUGGCUUUGCUUGCCAAUGUGCCAACUGUUGAAUUAUUUUCAGCAGAUGCAACUUCAGCAUUUUUGCAGGCUGAGUAUCCACUUUUGGAUGGUGAUCAGAUGCCUUUGAUCCAGUUGGAUUCUCGCUUAUCGAAUCUUUUGGGGUAUCAAGUGGGUAAAAUUCAAAAGUGCAUGAAUGGACUGCGACACUCAAGUAUAGGAUGGGCACUACACAGGAAGAAAAUUUUGCUGGAAAAAGGUUGGAAGCCGUUCUACAACGACCGAGCAGCUUUUCACAAAGCUGGCGUUUGUCUGGCAGUUUUUGUCGACAACUUCUUUUGCUGGGGUGAUUCGGAAACAAUUCAAAAACUAUACUUAGAAUUGAAAGAAGAAUUGCAGCUGGUUGAAGAACCACCAGAGGAAAAUGAGUUGACCCAGACUUGGGACGUUUUGGGCAUUGCAGCCAUUCGCAGCAAGGUAGAUGGUUCCGCUACCUUGUCUGGCGGUGCCUAUGUUACAAAAUUGCUUGAAAAAUUUGGAGGAGAAGAUGGAAAAGAGUACAGUACGCCAAUACAAACUGCUCCAGAUCCACUGGAAGAGCCUGAUCAAACUCUUUACGGUCCAAAGAUGGCUCUAUGCGGCUCACUGCAAUACUUGCGCAGCAUUAGGCCGGAUAUUUUGAUAGCGUUGAAAUAUGCUAGCAAAGCAAAAACGCCGCAAAGUUCCAUCCAGUGUUUGAAGCGUAUUAUCCGCUACUUGCGGAAGCGUAGAUGGCUAGUCUACCGCAAAGACGAAAGGCCUACGCAGAGCAAGCGGCUAGUGUUAGACUGUUGGAGUGAUUCUGAUUGGGCAACAGAACAGGGUAGAUGCUCUACGUCUGGGAUUCUUAUUUACUUGAAUUCUUGUGCAAUUGCUUUCAAAGCAGAGACCCAGAGUGGGACUGCGACUAGUACUUCUGAAGCCGAAGUAUAUGCAGCUUCGCAAACGUGCAAGCUCUCGAUGUACUUGAGAAAUGUCCUUGAAGAAGUUAUGGAAUCUGGUACGUUGAAGGGUUGGACUAUUGUGCAACCCAUGCCAUUGCAUUUGGAUAAUAUGGGAUGCUUGAAAUAUAGCACGUCCCUGGAAUCCAAUUCCAGACUCAAACAUAUUGACACUAGGCAUUGUUUCGGAAGGUUCAACAUCGAGAAUGGCACACGCAAGGGAUCAUAUGCAAAAAGUGAGGAACAACGCGCAGACGGACUCACUAUAAUUUUGUCUCCGAUUCUAUUCAGAAAAUUUCUUCAGUUUUUGAAUAUGGAAGAUGAAAAAUAAAGAAAAGAAAGAAAAAGAAAGUGAAAAAGAGGAAAAGGAAAGAAAUUGAAAGAAGCAGAAAAGUGAAGAAAUUGCUGAUGAUUCUGACAAUGCAAAGCAUAUCUUCGUAGAAGCUUCAAACAAAUUAUUGGCUACUUGUAUGAUUUGAAAUGAUGAAAACUAUUCGCAUACGUGUUGGUCGGGGAAGCCUAUUCUCCACACCUCUCAACCGGUAGUAGGUCGAUUUCUGCUCGACAGCUUGACGCUGCGCAGUAAUGAUGCCGAAGCAAGACAAUUCGAAUUUCCGAUGGGUUUUGACACCGAUCCGAAAAAUUUCAAGUGGAUUCGAAGGAGGAGGAGAGAAGAUUUGGAAAGAGAAGACUAAAACAAAGUAAAACUUUUCGAGAAAACAAAAAUCGAAAAUAAAUUACUACCUCCUACUUUACUACGGAUUAUAAAAGAAAAAAGAUUUCUAUCUGUCUGGAGCUCUACAUUGGUUUUCAAGAAAAAUUACACAACCAAAAAUUUACGAAAAAGGAAAACUUUUAUGACAAAAAGACCACGUAAGAUUAUGACUAUUUCGCGCUAGGUAAUUCUUCUAUUUUUCUCGAAGCUUCGAGUGUGAGAUGUUGUAUGAUUGUUGCUUUGAUCUCGAUUUGGAUUUUCUUUCGAUUUGAGAAAAGAAUUAUUAAUGUUGUACUACCCCGAGAACGCUAAUUGUAUGAUGAAAAAGAAAAAUGUAUGAUGAACAAAGACAAAACUUUUCACCACGUAUUUUUAUAAAAGCAUUACUUUCCAAGCCUAGAACUCAGAAAUGCUCUAUCGAAAACAAGAACUACUUGUACGAUUUACACCUACGAUAUAGAUUCCAAAAGUCUAUACGUAGGGGGGAUAAACGGUAUAGCAGCAAAAUUCUACGUAUAGACUUUUAUGGUAUUCAAAGCAAAACUUUUUCACUGAUUUUCAGAAAGUAACAUCAUGGAUUUUCAACACCUAUACUAUUUCUACUCCUACUGUAGUUUCCAAAACUGGCCGAGUAUCGAGCAAGGGGGGAUGUCAGCGUAUGCUAAUGCUCCAACGAUAAAAUGCUCAACACUCGAUCCAGAGUGAUAAAAUCUCAACGCUAUAAAGAUCUCAACACAACAACAAAACAAGAACGCAAAGAGAUAAAUAGCAUUACAAGUCCAAUCAUGAAAUCGUAAACAGCAUUACAAAUUCUAUGAAGAUGCUGACGAAUGGAAUUCCCAUGGACCCAAUGCACUCCACAGGCCUUGAGUCAUACAAUUUGCAUGACAGGCUACUAAUUUCCAAUUGUACUAAGAACGUAAAUACUCUGCUACAUUUGCAUUACAUUCUGGUGGUAUUUAGUGUUCAGCAUUCGUUUGCUUUGGUUCGGGAUUAACCACGCGAGUACAUCGAACCGCCAGCGACCGAAUCGCCCGAGAAGGAAGGCGAAUCCGCGGCCAAAAGUGCCACGGUUGAUGAGAGCGCCGCAACGACCAGGAUCGCCAGGCCUUCCUUCAUUUUCCUUGCGGCAACUACAAUGGCGAUGGUGCUGGCCACGAACUUCUGCGCUGUGUGGUUUGGUCUGUGAUUGUGCAGCUUCACGACCGAAAAAAUACUUGUUCGAAUAAGGACGCAAAGAAUCAAUAAAGCAUCUUUUACUUUUCAACAGCGAGAAACAGGACUACGUUUUAAAUUUUUAGAACAUCACUGCUUUGUAGCCUUCCCAACUUUUCAGUAGACUUUUAACUUUCAGCGUCAAUCUUUUAACUUUUCAACAACUUCAGUAGCAAACAAAAUAGUACUCCCCAAUCACUUUCGAACUUUUUAUAAGAAAGAGCUUUUUCUCGUCCUCAGCAGCAGUUCCUUCUUGGCAGCUAAAAAGCCUCAACUUAUCCCUGCUUGCCAAAAAUACUACGGGUAGUGUUUAAUUAAGUUGAUACUGAUAGACUCACGCUAAGACUCAGAAUUCACUCUUCGUUAGCAUUUAGAUUGGCAGCUAAAAAGCCUCAAUUUCUCCCUGCUUGCCAAAAAUACUACGGGUAGUGCUUAAUUAAGUUAAAUGCUUAUCAUUUUUCACCAGUCUCUCUCUCUCUCUCUCUCUCUCUCUCAGCAGCAGUUCCUUCUAGUUUUUCUAAGGUUGGAGCCAAAGCAGCUCCACCAAGUUGUCCUCUUUUUGUUGAAGUAGCGCUAGACACAUGUGAAGAAAGAACAACUUUCAAGCGGUUCCAUGUGACCACUCUCAACAAACAAACAA